GCGCGAAUCCUGCGCCAGUAACCAAGAUGGGACUUUAUAGUGUAGUGAGCGCUUUUGCGCUUGUGGCGUUAGCUUACGCUUCGGUAAGCGAUAACGACAUCGAAGGCGGGGAGAGAGUUGUGCUGGUCGCGCCGGUUUUGGCGCCGCCCAGGGACUCAAGGACCCAUGUCACUGACCGGGCGCGCCAGUUCCCGAUAUUGGUGCUCCUCGCUCAGAAGAAUCCGCCGCCGAAAGAGCCCCAGGCUAAAUCGCUGGGUGUUGACCCGCAACCUAUUUAUGUUCAGAAAUUAGAAGACCAGCAGAGAUCUGGUCAAUUGAAUAGGCAAAAGCGUCACCUGCACAAGUUAUUGGGACUUGGGGGUGGGAUUUCGUUUGGAGGAGGCUUUGGUUAUGGCGGCGGAGGCGGCUAUGGUGGUGGAUACGACUACGAGGGGUACAAGGGACAUGGUCAUGGGGGAUAUGGUCAUGGGGGAUAUCAGGGCGGUUAUCAAGAGCCCACGAAGACUAUCGUCGUUGAAGUUGUGAAAGAACGAGGUCAUCAUCACGGUCAUCACGGUGGAUACGGUGGGGGCAACUAUGGCGGCGGUGACGGUGGUUUUGGCGGUGGUUACGGCGGUGGUUACGGCGGUGGUUUUGGCGGCGGUUACGGCGGUGGAUACGGCGGAGGCGGCGGCGGAGGUGGCGGUGGCGGCGGCGGAGGCGGCGGUGGCGGAGGCGGUGGUUACGGUGGGGGAUACAACAGUGGGGGUGGGGGAUACAACAGUGGCUAUGAAGGCGGACAUGGGGGAUAUGGCGGCGGAGGCUGCGGGGGUGGAUGCGGUGGUAACUACGGCGGCGGGGGUAAAGCAACUGCCACAGCUACUGCGACGGCAACAGCUACUGCGAAUGCUAACUCCGGGUACAAAAAACGUUAAUAAACAUUUUAAAAGAAACCUGCCCGAUGGAUGCUUUAUGAAUAUCAAAUUACCUAAUUGACAUCGUGUUAAUUUCACGAACAACGUGUGAAGGCUCUUUAUAUUUAUUGCUCUGUGAUCCUAAUUAGUAUUAAAACCAAAUAACUGUACGUAUUUAUAGCAAUUAGUAACAACUUGCAUACAAAUUAACUGCCAACAGCAAGCAUAGGAUAAAGGGAAUGUAAAGAAAUGUAGCAUGAAUGCUAAAGAGCAGCCUUACUCCUUGUAAAGACUUAGUAUUCUUUGGGAAUAUAAUGAUCUUUGCAGCAGUGCCAUCUACUCGUACUUUGUAUGAUAGAAUGUUUUCCUAUAAUUUGAACGUCCACUUCAAAAACACAAUGCGAACUGAACCGUGCAUAUAAAAAAAUAGUAAAUAAGUAAUUAAGUAGACUAAGACCUAUUGAUAACAACACUUAUAACAAAUACUAAGACAUGAAACACUACUAUUGUACCUAUUUGACUAUUUGUAAUAUUUAUGAUUAAAACUACAAAUAUUCAGUAAUUUAUUCUAUUUAUCGUAUUUUGUUUCAUGGCUUGAUUGAAUAUAAACCCCUAGAAUGACAGCGUUUAUGAAUAUUCUACCGAAAAAAUAUUAUGUGAAUAAGGUAUUUAAGAAACAAUAUUACGAUUAAUUAAAAAUAUACAAAAUCUA